GUGAGAGAGAGGGAGAGAGAGAGAGAGAGAGAGAGAGAGCGAGAAAGAGAGAGAGAGCGAUGGGGGAGGGAGGAGAAAGAAAGGAAGAGAGGGAGAGAGGGAGAUUGAUCAUUUGAGCAUCCUGGGCCUCGCGUUCCUUGGAGAACAUUUUUUUUCCCACUACUAUCCAAAAACGUCUUUUUCUUUUUCUCAUUCCCAUCUUUUUCUCGGACUGAAGGCUGAUUUUUUUUUUAACAUAUUUUUUUUCUCUCGCUCUCUCUUUUCUUUUUUUUUUUUUUUGUGGGGGGGUUAUUCUCACCCAGGAGACGUGCCAUCGCCACCACCACCAACACCACCUCCACCAGCAGCAGCAGCGGCGGCGGCGGCAGCAGCAGCAGAGGAAUAUCUCCCCAUAUCCCAUCCCGGGCACGUCGGAUAAGCUGCAGCAGCGAAAACACGAGGCGAAUAUUGCGGUGGACGGGAACGGGAACAUGCUCCGUGGGAUUUCACACCUCUCGUCCCGGCAGGGAGGCACUUUGGGCUUGUUAUGGGGGUGACCGGAAGGAGAGAGUGACAGAGGAACAGUGAUGCUACUGUUUACAUAACGAGAGACUCUCACACACACACACACACACACACACACACACACACACACACACACACACUCAAACACACACACACAGAUACACAUACACAAACACACACAUGCUCCAAUUGCCAGUCCAGGCCAUACACACUGGCUUAAACACUUCCACACAUACAUACACACACAGACACGUAUUCAAGGGACUCUCGGACUGAGUCACCACACACUCAGAGGCACAGAAUCACUGACUCACACGCAGGACUGAACACACACAAGAGGAAAAGGUUGUUCGGACUGUGUGCUAUGGGCCAGGCUGAGCAGCAGCUGUGUGCAAGUGUUGGAUACCUCUGAAGGGUCAGCGCAACUGCAACCCAUCGCCCUCCCCCGAUCCUUUCCUCGUCCCCUCUCAUCCCUCAUCUCCCAGCUACCCCUAAACACGCCGUCAUGUCCGAGCAAAGGACCAGGAGAACUCCCUCUCCUCUUCUCCCAUCCUUUUCUGCCAUUCUCUCCCUCUGCCUCUCCCUCUCUCUUUACCCGGCCUCGUCAUCGGGGCAGCAGACUGUGCCUGUCAUCUCCACUGCGCAGGGCCGUAUCCGGGGUAUCCUGACGCCGCUGCCCUCCGACCUCCUGGGGCCUGUCAUCCAGUACCUGGGAGUACCAUAUGCGAGGCCUCCCACGGGGGACCGGCGCUUCCAGCCGCCCGAGCCUCCCUUACCCUGGCCGGGAAUACGUAAUGUGACACAGUUUGCUCCCGUGUGCCCGCAGUCGCUGGAUGAGAGGAGCAUGCUGGGAGAUAUGAUGCCGUCUUGGCUCACAGCCAACCUGGAUAUAGCCGCGACGUACCUCACGCACCAGAGCGAGGAUUGUCUCUACCUCAAUAUCUACGUCCCCACUGAGGAGGACAUCCAUGAGGAGGGGGGUCAGCGGCCGGUGAUGGUCUACGUCCACGGGGGCUCGUACACAGAAGGCACCGGGAACAUGAUGGAUGGCAGUGUGCUGGCAAGCUAUGGCAACGUCAUAGUCAUAACCCUCAACUACCGCCUCGGAGUACUGGGAUUCCUCAGCACAGGUGACCAGGCGGCGAAAGGGAACUACGGCCUGUUGGAUCAGAUCCAGGCGCUGCGCUGGGUGAAGGAGAACAUCGCAGCAUUCGGAGGAGACCCGGGCAGGGUCACCGUGUUUGGAUCCGGGGCCGGAGCCUCCUGUGUCAGCCUGCUCACCUUGUCUCACUACUCCGAGGACCUGUUCCACAGAGCCAUCAUCCAGAGCGGCAGCGCCUUAGCCAGUUGGGCCGUCAACUACCAGCCCAGCAAGUACGCCCGGCAGCUCGGUGAGAGGGUGGGCUGCGGCAUCGACGACAGCACCCAACUGGUCGCCUGCCUCCAGGGCCGGAGUUACCGCGAACUUGUGGAGCAGAACAUAACGCCGGCCAAGUAUCACACGGCUUUUGCCCCGGUGAUUGAUGGUGAUGUUAUACCAGAUGACCCCCAGAUUCUGAUGGAGCAGGGAGAGUUUCUGAACUACGACGUGAUGCUCGGGGUUAACCAGGGUGAGGGCGUGAAGUUUGUGGAGGGCAUUGUGGACUCAGAGGACGGUGUCACGGCUGAGGACUUUGACUUUGCUGUGUCAGACUUUGUGGAUAGCUUGUACGGAUACCCAGAAGGCCGAGAUACGCUGAGAGAGAGCAUAAGGUUCAUGUACACGGACUGGGCCGACCGCGACAAUGCAGAAACCCGGCGGAAGACUCUGGUCGCCCUGUUCACGGACCACCAAUGGGUGGCGCCGGCGAUCGCCACAGCCGACCUUCACGCCCAGUACGGAUCCCCAACCUACUUCUACUCCUUCUACCACCACUGCCAGAGUGACGCCACGCCGCCCUGGGCUGACUCUGCACACGGUGACGAGGUGCCCUACGUGUUUGGAGUGCCCAUGGUGGGACCCACUGAUCUGUUCAACUGUAACUUCUCCAAGAACGACGUGAUGCUGAGUGCUGUAGUCAUGACUUACUGGACCAACUUUGCCAAGACCGGUGACCCGAACCAGCCGGUCCCUCAAGACACCAAGUUCAUCCACACUAAACCGAACCGCUUUGAAGAAGUGGCCUGGUCCAAGUACACCCCGAAAGAGCAGCUGUACCUCCACAUUGGCCUGAAGCCUCGAGUCAGAGACCACUACCGUGCCACCAAAAUCUCCUUCUGGCUCCAACUGGUCCCUCACUUGCAUCAUGUCAACGAACUCCUCCAGUCGGUGUCCUCCUUCACUCACAGUCCCUCUCCACAGGAUGACACUCCGUAUUCAUACACUAAGCGUCUGGCCAAAGGUUGGCCGCCCAGCAGCACGCGUCAUCCAGGUUCGCAAGGAGGAACUCCACAGCCGCCAGAGUCUGCUCUGGGCCAAGGUGGAGAGGAAAACGGGGUUCGUGUCCCUAAUGAGGACUACUCCACUGAGCUCUCAGUGACGAUCGCAGUGGGAGCGUCACUGUUGUUCUUAAACAUCCUGGCAUUCGCUGCUCUACUGUACAAGAAAGAUAAGAGGCGUCUGGAGCAUCGCCGGCCACGUCCGCUUCCUCCCCCGAGACGGGACAUCACACCUGCGGAUGUCGCUGCCCACCUGCAAGGGGAGGGACUGAUGUCAUUACAGGUGAAGCAGCUGGAGUGUGACGCCGCAUCAGCAGACGAGAGGAACAACGCCCACCACCAUCACACUCUGGACACGCUGGACGCCCUGGACGGCUUGGACACGCAGGACAUCUACAGCACGCUGGACACUGUGCGCCUCACCUGCCCGCCUGACUACACACUCACCUUGCGCCGCUCGCCUGAUGACGUCCCCCUCAUGACCUCUCUGACCCCGGGGUCGCUGCCUGUGACCCCCGGGUCGCACCCUGUUACCCCGGCGACGCCGAUGACCCCCAUGACGCCCGGAUCGGUGGUGGGGAUGAGGAUGGGGCAUCCACACCAGGGAUACACACACCACAGCCCAUAUAGCAAUACACACUUGCCACACACACACAUCUCCACGCACACACACUCCACCACGCGUGUAUAA